AUGCACAUCUGCAAUCAUACCUCUGUUGGCAGCAUCUGGAACCGGACCACACAUAUCCAUCAGAUGCUGGUUGAAAUCCGCGAUGUUGUCAUAGAGUCCUGCAUUGCUGUCCUCAGUGUCAACUCAACAAUCCAGACAUUCUCUGUCGAGCGAGCUGCAGAUAAGAUGGGGAUAUGGAUUUGGAAUGAACUGAAUCUGCUCAACAUAAUUCCUAAAGUUGAUACUGAACUGAUGCAGCUGAUAGGUGUUCAUUAUCUUGAGGUAUUUCUCAGCAAUGUGGCCCUCAAUGUGAGUAGUCAGCAGUCAACCUUUGCUUAUCCAACCUUCAUUUUUCGCUGGUAA